AUGUCACCAUCAUUUACAGUGAACAACUUCUGCACAUGGCACAAGAUGAUGAUGACAUUGCUGCUCAAGCUGGGAAGCCUAGCUGAGAUGGAUAAACCCAAUGAUGAUGCUGACAAGGAAACCGUGUGGCACUUGCAACAAAUCCCUCUCACUUUGUGCGGCGUGAGGAGGCUGCUUGCCCCCCAGAUGGAGAGGGCAAGGAGGAGGAGAAGGCAAGGAGGAGGAGAAGGCAAGGAGGAGGAGAAGGCAAGGAGGAGGAGAAGGCAAGGAGGAGGAGAAGGCAAGGAGGAGGAGAAGGCAAGGAGGAGGAGAAGGCAAGGAGGAGGAGAAGGCAAGGAGGAGGAGAAGGCAAGGAGGAGGAGAAGGCAAGGAGGAGGAGAAGGCAAGGAGGAGGAGAAGGCAAGGAGGAGGAGAAGGCAAGGAGGAGGAGAAGGCAAGGAGGAGGAGAAGGCAAGGAGGAGGAGAAGGCAAGGAGGAGGAGAAGGCAAGGAGGAGGAGAAGGCAAGGAGGAGGAGAAGGCAAGGAGGAGGAGAAGGCAAGGAGGAGGAGAAGGCAAGGAGGAGGAGAAGGCAAGGAGGAGGAGAAGGCAAGGAGGAGGAGAAGGCAAGGAGGAGGAGAAGGCAAGGAGGAGGAGAAGGCAAGGAGGAGGAGAAGGCAAGGAGGAGGAGAAGGCAAGGAGGAGGAGAAGGCAAGGAGGAGGAGAAGGCAAGGAGGAGGAGAAGGCAAGGAGGAGGAGAAGGCAAGGAGGAGGAGAAGGCAAGGAGGAGGAGAAGGCAAGGAGGAGGAGAAGGCAAGGAGGAGGAGAAGGCAAGGAGGAGGAGAAGGCAAGGAGGAGGAGAAGGCAAGGAGGAGGAGAAGGCAAGGAGGAGGAGAAGGCAAGGAGGAGGAGAAGGCAAGGAGGAGGAGAAGGCAAGGAGGAGGAGAAGGCAAGGAGGAGGAGAAGGCAAGGAGGAGGAGAAGGCAAGGAGGAGGAGAAGGCAAGGAGGAGGAGAAGGCAAGGAGGAGGAGAAGGCAAGGAGGAGGAGAAGGCAAGGAGGAGGAGAAGGCAAGGAGGAGGAGAAGGCAAGGAGGAGGAGAAGGCAAGGAGGAGGAGAAGGCAAGGAGGAGGAGAAGGCAAGGAGGAGGAGAAGGCAAGGAGGAGGAGAAGGCAAGGAGGAGGAGAAGGCAAGGAGGAGGAGAAGGCAAGGAGGAGGAGAAGGCAAGGAGGAGGAGAAGGCAAGGAGGAGGAGAAGGCAAGGAGGAGGAGAAGGCAAGGAGGAGGAGAAGGCAAGGAGGAGGAGAAGGCAAGGAGGAGGAGAAGGCAAGGAGGAGGAGAAGGCAAGGAGGAGGAGAAGGCAAGGAGGAGGAGAAGGCAAGGAGGAGGAGAAGGCAAGGAGGAGGAGAAGGCAAGGAGGAGGAGAAGGCAAGGAGGAGGAGAAGGCAAGGAGGAGGAGAAGGCAAGGAGGAGGUGAAGGCAAGGAGGAGGUGAAGAUGAAUGAGAUAUGGACAACAGGUCCCACAGCUGCUGGUUCCUUGUCAGAUCCUACUGCUGCAGCAGACGAGGGAAAGAGUAAGGAAGACGAGGGAAAGAGUAAGGAAGACGAGGGAAAGAGUAAGGAAGACGAGGGAAAGAGUAAGGAAGACGAGGGAAAGAGUAAGGAAGACGAGGGAAAGAGUAAGGAAGACGAGGGAAAGAGUAAGGAAGACGAGGGAAAGAGUAAGGAAGACGAGGGAAAGAGUAAGGAAGACGAGGGAAAGAGUAAGGAAGACGAGGGAAAGAGUAAGGAAGACGAGGGAAAGAGUAAGGAAGACGAGGGAAAGAGUAAGGAAGACGAGGGAAAGAGUAAGGAAGACGAGGGAAAGAGUAAGGAAGACGAGGGAAAGAGUAAGGAAGACGAGGGAAAGAGUAAGGAAGACGAGGGAAAGAGUAAGGAAGACGAGGGAAAGAGUAAGGAAGACGAGGGAAAGAGUAAGGAAGACGAGGGAAAGAGUAAGGAAGACGAGGGAAAGAGUAAGGAAGACGAGGGAAAGAGUAAGGAAGACGAGGGAAAGAGUAAGGAAGACGAGGGAAAGAGUAAGGAAGACGAGGGAAAGAGUAAGGAAGACGAGGGAAAGAGUAAGGAAGACGAGGGAAAGAGUAAGGAAGACGAGGGAAAGAGUAAGGAAGACGAGGGAAAGAGUAAGGAAGACGAGGGAAAGAGUAAGGAAGACGAGGGAAAGAGUAAGGAAGACGAGGGAAAGAGUAAGGAAGACGAGGGAAAGAGUAAGGAAGACGAGGGAAAGAGUAAGGAAGACGAGGGAAAGAGUAAGGAAGACGAGGGAAAGAGUAAGGAAGACGAGGGAAAGAGUAAGGAAGACAAGGGAAAGAGUAAGGAAGACAAGGGAAAGAGUAAGGAAGACAAGGGAAAGAGUAAGGAAGACAAGGGAAAGAUGUCCGAACAACCACCACCACCACCACCACCACCACCACCACCACCACCACCACAUAGGAUGGUAUACAAACAAAUCGAAUAG